GCCACAGCAUCAUCCCGAGCAUCACUGAACGAAUCCUAUUACAUCACUUUACCCUACUCCGAUUGGCUGAAGGUCAAGGGUUUACAAUCCAGCAAGUCCUCGCUGCACAUUUCGUCUGUUUUGGACGUCUUUUUACCAAUUUCGCAUCAACAGUCUUUUAAAAAACAUCUUGGUUGAGAGACGCGACAUCACAAUGGCAGAGAGCGAGGCAGAAACGCCAAGCACCCCGAUAGAGUUUGAGAGCAAAUACUUCGAAUACAAUGGAGUGAGGCUGCCUCCCUUUUGCAGAGGGAAGAUGGAGGAGAUUGCCAACUUCUCUCUCAGGAGUAGUGACAUAUGGAUCGUCACCUAUCCCAAAUCAGGGACCAGCCUGCUCCAGGAGGUGGUGUACCUGGUGAGCCAGGGGGCCGACCCGGACGAGAUCGGCCUGAUGAACAUCGAUGAGCAGCUGCCAGUUCUGGAGUACCCCCAGCCAGGCCUAGACAUCAUCCAGGAGCUGACGUCGCCUCGUCUGAUUAAGAGCCACCUGCCCUACCGCUUCCUCCCCACGGCCAUGCACAAUGGGGAGUCCAAGGUGAUCUACAUGGCCAGGAACCCCAAAGACCUGGUGGUGUCCUACUACCAGUUCCACCGCUCCCUCCGGACCAUGAGCUACCGCGGCACCUUCCAGGAGUUCUGCCGCCGGUUCAUGAACGACAAGCUGGGAUACGGCUCCUGGUUCGAGCACGUGCAGGAAUUCUGGGAGCACCGCAUGGACUCCAACGUGCUCUUCCUGAAAUAUGAAGACAUGUACAAGGACCUGGGCACCCUGGUGGAGCAGCUGGCUCGCUUCCUGGGGGUCUCCUGUGACAAGGCGCAGCUGGAGGCCAUGACGGAGAGCUGCCACCAGCUCAUCGAGCAGUGCUGCAGCUCAGAGGCCCUGUCCAUCUGCAGGGGGCGAGUGGGUUUGUGGAAAGACAUCUUCACCGUGUCCAUGAACGACAAGUUCGACGCGAUGUACAAGCAAAAGAUGGUGAAGUCCGACCUCACCUUCGACUUCGGCCUGUGAAGAUUCGCCCAGCGGCACGAGUCACCGAGACCCACAGACUCCAGUGAAUGUCUCUGCUCUGUGUCAGUCCUUCUGCCAGUCCCGCGGGACCACUGCCCCCCUCCCCCAAUUGCUGCCCCAUGCAAACCGCAACGUGACCGCAACCCCGUCCACAGGGACUUUUCCGAAACCCUCAGCUUGAUCUUACUGCAUUUUCAGCCCUUCGUCCUUAUGUGACCGCUCUCUCCUGUGGUAUAAGUAAAAUAACCGGAACAGCGUUUUCUCUGAAGCGACCGCUCGACCGUUAGUGAACCGCUCGAGUUUGUGAUGUCAUGCGCGAUGUCAGAACCAGCACGUACCAUCAGAUGACAGAGCUUUGCUGUAAAAAACAGAGCUAGCUGAUGCUAGCAUUUGCAAUGUUCCAUUUUAGUAAUGUCACAACAAGGACGUUGUGUGGAUUUCUCAGGGUCCAUCGCCUGGGCAUUAAUGACAUCACAACCUCGACCGCAACCGCUGAUCACUUUGCCUCGCUGGUUGGUAGAUGCAGGUGGUCUGUGGGUUGGUCGACUCGGGCUUAACCUGCUGCUGUUGCCAGGCCGAGCUGAACCAUCUCUGAAGAGAAAUGGGGAAAGCCCAGCAUCUACACUGGUCCUUUUUUAGCUUACAGUGCUUCUACAGCCAACACUCACAACGCUUAGGCCAGCUUGCCAGCCACCCCCUUUGACGUGAAUGAGACAUCUCUGUGUGCUUCUUGGAAUCAUGCCACCAUUUCAUGGAUGUGCAGAAUCACAACCUUCAUGCCUCACAUUUGCCUUUGAUAGCCGUAUGUACUUACCUGAGCAAAGUGAUGCCUUCUUUCAGCCUUACAGACCCGUCCCCAGUUACGCCAUGCUUGGCCGUUAGACUGACAGAGGCCAUUUCUAUUGUACAUAAGUCAUCUUACAUCAUUGUGAUUGGCCCAAACAGCUGUGGAACGCUAAGAGAAGUGCUAAUGCUAAUAUGCGUUAUAAGGAGAGUCUAAGAGGCCCACAAGUCAGAGUACAUGCAUUUUUGAUCAACAGAGUGUGGCUUCAAUCACAGGAGGGAUGAGGCUUUUACAUUCUUGAGCAACAUUGUGAGCAUACCAAAAGCAUUCUUUUGUAAAUCCAGCAGUAGAAAUAGUGUCAAUCAAGUCAUCCUUAAUAAUUACCUGUUAAGCAAAUAUACAUAUAAAAUAUAUAAUAUCUAUGACAUAUAUAUAUAUAUAUGUGACUAUAUUACAAAUGACCCAUAAUAAGGGUGCACUCUAUGAACAUGAAAAUUGCAAAGUCCGACUUCAAAGACGGCAUAUUUUUUUAAACAUCUAACUGACUGACCAUACCAACACCUUCUCUAUAAGAACUCUUUAACCAAUCAAAGAAUUUAAUCUUUCAGGUGAAAAACAAUCACUCUGGAGCGUAGCGCAUAUUCAAUAUCAAUUUUAAACCAGUGUCCGUGCACCACACACAAAUCAUUGCCACUGCUAAAUUGUAUCUUGUGUAGCUGAGUUUCAAGGGUUUUGCAAUACCAGCCAAGUGCAGUUUAUUUUUGAAUCUGUGCGCGAGUGUACACAGGUGACUUUUCUUGUCCAGAUAUCAAUCGUUUCCUCUGCACAGCUUUCUAGUGUGGCCGGGCAUUUCAUAGUGAAGCUCUCGCAUUGGUUCAGCCACUAAUGAGCUAACUGCCACAGGUGAUUACGCCUGGGUGGGGCCCCCAUGGAAAGACCCCCC